CUUGGGAAUGUGGGUUGGUCUUUAUUAACCCAUCCUCCGUCUCUGCUUUUUCGAAUUUGAUUUUCGUUCUCCACGAUACAAGGCAUAUCAAACACUCUAUCUCAUUGUUUGUUGUUACACGAUCAAUUGUUCAUCAUGGAGUUGCAGGGCCAGAGCCUCAUCUUGACCGUCAGUGUCUUGACGUCGUUGGGUUUUAUGCUCAUCGGUUAUGACAAUGGCCUCAUGGGAGGUCUUGUCAACACUUCGGCUUUCAAAGACACUUUUGAUAGUCCCGAUUCUGAUAUGAUCGGCGUUAUUGUCGCCAUUUACGAGAUUGGAUGCUUCUUUGGUGCUGUCUUCUCCUCUAUCUGGGGUGAGAAGCUCGGUCGCCGACGCUCUGUUUUCAUCGGUUGCGUGUUCUUGAUCAUUGGUGCGGUCCUCCAAGCCGCUUCUUAUACACGAGCUAUGAUGAUCGUUGGCCGUAUUGUUGCGGGCGUCGGCAUGGGUACUGUCAACUCAACUGUUCCUGUCAUGCAGGCUGAGUUUAGUCCCAAGUCAAGCCGUGGUAUUUACGUCUGCGCCCAGCUCUCCACCCUCAACUUCGGUAUUUUCCUAGUUUACUGGAUCGACUAUGCCCUGUCAUCCCAUACCGGCAGUUAUGCUUGGCGCGUUCCCGUCAUUCUUCAGUGUGUUCCUAUUCUGGCUAUCAUGGGUCUCCUGUUUGUGAUUCCUGAGACACCACGUUGGUUGGCAGCACAUGACAGACCCGAGGAGUGUCUCAAAGUCCUUGCUCAAAUCCAGAGCACUUCCACUGAUGAUCCUGAGGUCCAGGUUCUUCAUAGCGUCAUCACCCAGACUGUCGCCUAUGAGACAUCUAUCGGUUCAGGUUCCUGGAAGGAUCUUCUCAGGGAAGAUAGUAUCAAGUCUCGCAAACGACUUCUUUUGGCCUGUUUUCUCCAGGCUGCGCAGCAACUCGGCGGCAUCAAUGCAAUCAUCUACUACUCAAGCACCCUCUUUGAGAAGAGUGUCGGUUUCUCUGCUCACAUGUCAGCCCUCAUGUCUGGUUUCCUUCAGACUUGGUUCUUUGUUGCCUCUUUCAUUCCUUGGGUCUUGAUUGAUCGCAUUGGCCGAAGACCUCUUCUCCUAUCUAUGAUCAGCGUCAUGGCUGCUACUAUGGCUGUCCAGGCAGGAUUGAUCUACCAGGUCGAGAACAACACCGCUACAGCACAUGCCGCGGGUAUUGCAGCUGCAGCUAUGCUGUUUGUCUUCCAGGGUGCCUUCACCAUUGGUUUCCAGGCCACAGUCUGGGUCUAUCCCUCUGAGAUUCUUCCUCUUCGCCUCCGACAGCGUGGUUCAUCUAUCUCCACCGCUGCUAACUGGAUCUUCAACUACAUGAUUGUUCAAAUCACUCCCAUCUCCAUUGAUAACAUUGGCUGGAGGACAUACAUCAUCUUUGCAGUCCUGAACAGUCUCUGGGUUCCUAUCAUCUUCCUCUUCUUCCCUGAGACCAAGGGACUUGAGUUGGAAGAUGUUGACCACCUCUUCGGUGGAGAGGACAUCAUCAGCCAGGUUGAUGAGAAGACCAAUGCUGCUGUUGUCAUGAUGGAGACUGUUGGCAACAAGACUGCUGCUUAAGUGGCUGCGCACUCCUGUCGAGAAGCGGGAGUUUGGGGUGUACUAUUCAUGUGUUGUAAGAUAGUCCUGAAGAUUUAGUUGACGGCUUCAAAGAGGAUAAAGGAGCGAAUAGUAAUCAAUAUCUUUGGCAUAUA